AUGGAUAACCGAUUAGAGAGAAAUGUCAAUAAACUCAUGGAUCGUUAUAAGAAAACAAGUCAGUAGAUCGACUAGAUCAUGUAGUAUGAACCCACUCCUCAAUAACCUGUCACAUAUUUUAUAGGCAGAUCGAGGCCAAGCAAACUCAAUGAUGAUGAUGAUGAUUCUUCAAGAGAAAGACGUAGACAGAGUGGGUCAUUGGAGUAAAUAAGUAGAUUAAGGGAUACCUUGAAUGCUAAGGAUUUGUAGGAAAGAGAAAAAUAUGAAAGAAUAAGAAUAUUAAAUAAGGAGUUAAAAAUUACACUUAAGGAAUAUAUGACUGUUAAUAAAGAGUUAGAAGGGAAGUUAUCAGCUAAGGAUAAAUAAAUUAGAGCAUUGGAAUAAGAAAAUAGAUAAUUAAUGGAUUCUAUUAAUAAGGGUGAUGCGAGUACCAAAGAAGUUAAAAUCAAAGCAGAGACGUCUGAAAAGUUGAUUGAAGAAUUACAAUAGCAAAAUCAUAUAUUAAAAUAAAAAUUAGGAGAUAAGAAAUAAAAAUUAACUGCUUUGAGGGAUUAGUUAAAAUAAGCAGAGACAGUUUAUGAAGAACAAGGCUAAAACUUUGGGAGGGAACUUGAAAGAGUAUAAAAAUUAUGCGAAGAUUUUUCAAAUGAAAUAAAAAAUCAAGAAGAAUAAAAUAAGGAAUUGGAGGAACAAUUAGGAAAAUAAAGAGAUGAAUUAAUUAAUAGAGAUGAGCAAAUUCGAUAUUUUGAAUAAAUGUAUUAGGAUCUUCGAUACAGAGAUGCUGAUUAACAAUCUUAGAUAGAAUAUCUAAAUUAAUAAGCCAAUUACUAUAAGCAAUAGUUAGAUUAAGCUACUUAUAAAUAUGAUGAGGCUUAUGCUUAAUUAGCUAAAGUUGAAAAGCAGUAGCAGAUAUUUUUAUAGGCUUAAGAAUCAGAAAUUGAAAAGAGAGUAUCUAAUUACAAAGAUUAACUUGAAAAAAAGAAAUAAAAAAUUAAUGAGUAAAAAUAAUCAAUUGAUAAUUUAAAUUAAAAAAUCAUUGAUUUUUAAAGAUUACUUGAUAAUGAAGAGAAGAAUCAUUAAAUUCAAAUUUAAGAUUAUUAGAAAUUAUAAUAGAUCAAUUCUGAACUUAAAUCUGUUGUUGAUAAUUAAUAAAAUAAAUUGUUAACAGCGGAGAAUAGAAUCUAAAGUCUCGUACUUGAAAUUUAAGAUUAAAAGUCAGUUUUAUAGACAAAGAAACAAAAGAUUGAAGAAUUUGAAUUGUAAUCUCGACAAGAUUUUCGUAGCAUAGAAUAACUUAAAAAUUAAGUUCUUCAUUUAUAGGAACAGUUAACAAAAACCUAACAGUAUAAUAGAGAUUUAGAAAAUGAUAUCUAAUUGACGAAACAUGAGAACGAUAAAACAAUGGAUGAAAUUGAAAUAAAAAUUGAUCAUCUUGUUAAAUAGUUAGCUUAAAGUAAAGAAGAGGUUAAGGAGUACAAGAAUAGGGAGAAUGAUUUUAAGCAGAAAAUAAAGUCAUAAGAAGAGGAAAUCCUCAAGCACGCUUAGAAAUCAGCUAAAUACAAAUAAUAAAUUGAAUAGAGUCAGUACUCAUUAAAACAAAUUGAAGAGAAAGUUAGAAUUUAUGAAAGUGAAAGGGAAAUUCAAUCAAGAUAAGUGUUGUAGGUGAAACAAGAAUAAGUCACAACAUAAAAUAAGCUUAGAGUUUUGGAAGACAUUCAUUCCCUAAUCAAAAUGCAUAAAAAAAUUUGA